UGUGUUGCAUACCUAGAAACUGCUUCCUGCUGAACAAGGCAUUAGGACCAGCACUGUCAAAUCUUGACCAUGAAUGGGUACUUGGAUGAAUCACACUUUUUGAUGGUGGAGGAGGGUUUCACCACCAGAGACCUCCUUGAGAACCUGCUGCUGGAUCACUCCCAGGCAUGUGACAGAGAGGCCUUCUUUGUGGCAGACCUGGGGGACAUAGUGAAGAAACACCUGCACUUCUUGGAGGCCUUGCCCCAUGUCAAACCAUUUUACACCGUCAAGUGCAACAGCAGCAAGGGAGUUGUGCAGCUGCUGGCUGAAUUAGGGGCAGGAUUUGACUGUGCUAGCAAGGCAGAGAUUGCACUGAUUCAAAGCAUCGGGGUUCCACCAGACAAGAUUAUCUACACCAGUCCCUGCAAACAGAUCUCACAGAUCAAAUAUGCUGCCAGCCAUGGGGUGCAGUUGAUGACCUUUGACAAUGAAGUGGAGCUUGGGAAGGUGGCAAAAAGCCACCCACAUGCCAGGAUGGUUUUGCGCAUUGCCACUGAUGACUCCCGGUCCUCAGCUCGCCUGAGUGUGAAAUUUGGUGCCACCCUUAACUCCUGCAGACAUCUGCUAGAGACAGCAAAAGAGAUGAAUGUGGAGAUUGUUGGCGUCAGUUUUCACGUCGGCAGUGGCUUUGUUGACCCACAGAUCUUCACUCAGUCUAUAGCAAAUGCUCGGCUGGUGUUUGAAAUGGGCUUGGAGCUGGGCUACAAGAUGCACCUAUUGGACAUUGGAGGUGGAUUCCUGGGCACUGAAGAUACUAAAGAGACUGCAGCCAUGAUAAACUCAGCUCUGGAUUUGUAUUUCCCGGAAGGCUGUGGGGUAGAGAUCAUCGCAGAACCCGGACGAUACUAUGUGGCUUCGGCUUUCACCUUGGUUGUCAGUGUCACUGCCAAGCGGGAGGUUCCCUUGGAUCAGCCUGGCUCAGAUGAAGAAGAGCCCAGUAGCAAGAAGAGCAUCAGGUACCACAUCAACGACAGCGUCUACCGAUCCUUUGGCUGCAUCCUUUUUGACAAUGUCUGCCCCACUCCCAUCCUGCAUAAGAAACCCUGCCUAGACCAGCCCUCCUACAACAGCAGCCUCUGGGGUUCCAGCUGUGAUGGGCAGGACUGCAUUGCAGAGGGCUUGGAGCUUCCAGAGCUACAGGUCCAUGACUGGCUGAUCUUUGAGAAUAUGGGCGCCUACACCAUAGCUGCCUCAUCCUCCUUCAAUGGGUUCCAGCCACUGCAAAUCAACUAUGCCAUGUCCCGCUUGGCCUGGGAAGCCAUCCAGCUGCUUCAGAGGAAGCUGCUGCAACCAGAAGACACUAGGGAGAGCAGGUGCGCUCCCCUGUCCUGCGGCUGGGAGUUGCCAGGCCCACUGUGCGCAAACCCUUUCUUCACUCCAGCCAGCAUCAUCUGAGCAGCACCAGUAAUACCAGGGGCAGAUGUUUAACCAGCAGGACUCCUUCCAUACCCUGCUCACACCUGCAGCCAACUUGCCUCUCCCACUUCUGCUCUUCAGUAGGACCCAUUUUCAAUUCAGUGUGGUUUUUUAAGUAUGCAACAUAAAUCCUGUUCCUCCUGCCUG